AUGAACGCUUCAGAGUCGACAGAUGCACUCUCCGGUUCCUUGGAGGAAGUGGGAGUCGUAUUAAAGCCUCUCUUUCGGAAGACGCUACAACAAACCCUUGAGAAUAUCGAAAUAAUCCAAAAAGCCAACCUCCCAACUCUUUUAAUUUAUGUUAUUCAAGAUCUCGUAACGAUGCACCUAAGGUCUCGAGGGAUUGAUCCCAUAACAGAGACCGUGGCAGAACAAAUAGUACGCCUCAAAUCUAAUUCCGACAAAUCAUCCAAGCCUGAGAAAGAACCAGUGAACCGUAUGUCUUCCAUCCGCAUUUGCCAUGGCCCGCCAAUCCACUACAUCCAUCAUCCACCAUUCAUCAUUACAGGCAAACUUGCGCUGGACGGACCUACCGUCAACCAACUCAUUGAUGCAGCACUUAUGCAAGCUGGACUCGGAGUGGAUUCUUCUGGGGCGACUGCAAGCAACGUCAAGGAUACAGACUCAGGUUCUAAACCGAGCCCAACGCCACCUGGCAAUGCCGCUCCAAAAGACGACAGCUUGGUGAUUCAAGACCUCGGGGAUGUAAAAAGAUGGAACAAAAGGAAAAUUGCUGACGUUCUUACUGACUUAGCAACACUAAAGGAAAUGGACGCUAAAAAACAGAAACCGAAUAAAGGCAAUAAUAACGAAAAGCGAAAAAGGAAUAAGAAAUCGCUGGAAUGGAAAAUAUCGAAUAAGACGAGGGCAAUCAAGGGGACAGAAAAGCUGCUUACAAAGGUGAGGCAUGCCGGGGAGUUGGAGAAAAAACUUCAGAUGGAGAAGGGUGAACUCGGACUGGUGAAGCAGACGCUUAGGGACAUGGGGAAGAACAGCGAGGAAAACAAGCAGGGGGGACUGAACAAGGACAAAAAGCAGGAGCAGGAGCAGGAGCAGAAGAGCGGCGAAAAGCAGGUUGAGCGGAAUCAAUUAGUCAUGGGGAGACUUUGGGGCGAGCCGGUGCAGCUGAUGGCGACGGGCGAAUGGGUGACCUAGUGAUCUUCGACCCCCCAUAGACCUAAUCACGCAUAAUUUUAGCCUUACCGAUAUAGUCAUAGCCACCUCAUAAUAGUCUUCAUAGCAUUUUUUUCCUUUCUACAUACAUAUAUGACUUUUAACUUAUCGAAUGCAGAAUUUUUUGUGUGG